AUGACAUGAGCAGUGUGUGCAUUUAAAGGUCGACCAGCCAGGAAGUUGAGGUAGCUAGCCUAGCUAUGUUACCAUCAUAAUGGGAUAGUAUAAGAUAACCUGCAUGUUGAAUGAAAGCAUGACUACUUUUAAAGAGUUCUGUCAUUACGCAUAAAAACGUCUGCAUCUAAAUCAGGUAGGUUUUAGGCUUAGCCAGAUAGCCAGCCACUCAAGGUGGACAUAAUGAUGUCAUCCAAUCAUGCAGUUUAGCUUGAAUCGCCUACUAGUCACAGUUUCUAACCCUGUAUUGUCAUGGUAGUAGUACUGUGUGGUAUGGUUUGACAGGGCCAGGACAAUUACAGAGCUAAAUCCUGUGGUGUUAUUAGACUGAAUGAGCAUCAAGGACAACAACCACCCGAGCCACUGCCUGUUCACACUGCUAUCAUCCAGAAGGCAAGGUUAGUACAGGUUUGCUGGGGGAAGUAUGCUGUGUCUAGAGAGAAGGAUGCUGGGACUUGUAGGCUUCAUAGGGAGUGACCUCCAUGCUACAUCGGGGAGACUCCUGAGAUGCACCUUGAGGUCUUCAACAGUCCAACAGACUUCUGGCUCCACACACCACCCCCAGAGGGCGUGGCUCUCCUCACAGGCACCCCUCUGUGGACACCAUACCCCUAAACAUAGGACAGGGCUCUAUGGCCCUUUUACACACCCGCAACAGACACUGGGGAGUUCCCGUGGCCCCUUCUCCCUACCCCUUUUCACCCAGAGGGUCGCCCUCUCCCAGGGACCCAACACCUCCACAGCCAAGAUCAGGCUGCGAACACGGCUGGUGGUCACCCUGCUGUUCGGCGGGGGUCUGCUUGGCACCUGGUGGUACGUGCGUAACGAGAAGCAGCAAAAUCACAGAAUGCAGCGUAUAGAGCAGUUGAAAAAGGUGGCCCUGGGCCAGGGAGACUUCAGCCUCCUCGACCACAGGGGGCACCGCAGGACCAAGAGAGACUUCCUGGGUAGCUGGGUGCUCCUCUACUUUGGCUUCACCCACUGCCCUGACAUCUGCCCCGAWGAGCUGGAUAAGRUAUCUGCUGUGGUCAGCRCUCUGGACAAGGACCGGUCUCUCCCCGCGGUCCAACCGCUGUUUGUGACGGUCGACCCGGAACGAGACAAMGUGGCGGCCCUGGAGAGGUACGUGAAGGACUUCCACCCCCGGCUGAUCGGCCUGACGGGUACCCCAGAGGAGGUGAAGGURGCGGGGAAGGACUACAGGGUGUACGCCAGYCCUGGACCUAAGGAUGAGGACGGGGACUAUAUAGUGGACCACACCAUCCUCAUCUACCUGGUCAACCCAGAUGGACUGUUCCUGGACUAUUACAACAGGAUGAAGGACGACGUGCAGAUUGCUGAGAGCGUCAGGAACCAUAUGAAGAGCUACGUCAAACUCUGAGUGAAUGACGGUAACCACACCAACAAGACUGUAUCAAAGACCUAUAGUAUGUUACACUUAAGCUGAACCCAAUGUCCAGAUAACAAUAAUCCUUCAUCAGAAAUGAGGCCCUGUGAAUUAUUCUCAAACCAGACUGGACCACAACAAUAUGGACGCUUCAUCGAGGCUAUGAUGAUUCUGUGUGUGCAAUAAAUUGCUUUUGUCCGACACCAAUAAUGGUUAGGAUAUGAAA